AUGCAAGUAGCAGAAAUUCUCUCCGAUCUAACCUCAUUGCGAGUCUGUGAUCACAAUGAUGCCCUUGCUCUCGUCACCGUCAAUGAGAGAAUAGCAAAUCCAGGAAUAUUGGAGUCAGAAGAAAACCAGUCAAGUCAGGAUGCGAUGUCCAAGGAAGACGAAAGACAAAACGAUUAUCUGCGACGGGCAAAGGAACUGGUUGACCUGCACUAUGAAAUGAAGGCAAGACAUGGGCAUGGAACGGUGGAUGAGGAGCUUGCUCGUGCAAGAGAGGAUGUGAGUCGUGUGUUAUUAGAACUUGGAGCGUCAAAUACGAUGUGA